AUGUCGAAAACGGUGCAGAUAGGCUCUCCCUCGCAGUUCAGCUCACUGCUGUCCUCUUCACGCAUAGUCGUCGCAGAUUUCUAUGCGGAUUGGUGUGGACCAUGCAAAGCGAUAGCCCCGCUAUACGAACAGCUCUCCUCUCAGCUCUCGCGGCCAGACAAGAUCACAUUCACCAAGGUCAACACGGACACGCAGAAGCAGAUCGCACAGUCGUACAGCAUCACAGCGAUGCCCACCUUCGUCAUCUUCAAGAACAGCCGCGAAGUCUCAAGGAUACGCGGCGCAAACGCACAACAACUCUCCGAAGCCGUCAAGAAGCUCGCCGCCGAAGCCGAGUCAGACGGCGUAUCGUCUGGCGGAUUCGGCGAAGCAAGCUCGAGCUCAGGCGGCUCAUGGCGCGGUGCAGAACUCCCACGCGGAUACCAGGACGUGACCGACCAGGUCGACGUCAGGGGGCUGGACCUGCUGAACGCGGACAGCGACUUCGGUGGGGCAAGGACGUUGUUCGAGAGCAGUAGACCGUCGUCGCUAGACUCGUCGAAGGGGAAGGGGAAGGCAGAGGGUGCAAGCGCGGGUGCCGAUUGGGUAGAAAGCGACACGGAUGAGCAGCUCAUGCUGUUCAUCCCCUUUCAGUCAACACUCAAGAUCCACUCGAUCCACCUUACCUCCCUACCGCCCGCCGUUUCGGAAGAUGGCGACGACGGUGAGAUACCAAUGCGACCGAAAACUGUCCAGCUAUACCUCAACCGCGCGCACAACCUUGGGUUUGAGGAGGCUGAUGACAUCCCGGCGACGCAAGCGAUUACGAUAAAGCCGGAUGACUGGUCUCAGCAGGGCACUGCGAAGCUCGAGUUGCGCUUCGUCAAGUUUCAGAACGUCACCUCGCUGGUGCUGUUCGUGGUUGACGGCGAAGGCAGUGGGGAGAAAGUUCGCUUGGACAGGAUACGGCUCAUUGGCGAGACCGGCGAGAAGCGGGAGAUGGGCAAGCUAGAGAAGGUUGGCAGCGAUGAUUAG